AUGGCUGCCAGAACACUGCGCAUAGGUUUAAUCCCCGGAGACGGCAUUGGCCGAGAGGUCAUUCCGGCCGGUCGACGACUUUUGGAAUCUCUCCCAGCAUCGUUGGGUCUUAAGUUCUCCUUUGUCGACCUUGAUGCCGGCUUCGCGACAUUCGAGAAGACCGGCACUGCGCUGCCGGACACGACUGUGGAGGUGUUGAAGAAAGAAUGCGACGGCGCUCUCUUCGGUGCAGUCAGCUCACCCAGCACCAAAGUUGCUGGUUACUCUUCCCCAAUCGUUGCUCUCCGCAAGCGUCUCGAUCUCUAUGCCAAUGUCCGUCCCGUCAAGACCACCGCUGGUGGCAGUGCAACCGGAUCACCAAUUGAUCUUGUCAUCGUUCGCGAGAACACUGAGGACCUUUACGUGAAGGAGGAAAAGACAUUCGAGGGCCCCAACGGUAAGGUUGCCGAGGCUAUCAAGCGUAUCUCGGAACGCUCCUCCUCCCGAAUUGCUACCAUGGCCGGAGAAAUCGCCCUACGACGACAGAAGAUCCGCCAAGUUUCGCCGGGAACAUCUCAUAUUUCCAAGCCCACGGUUACUAUCACUCACAAGUCCAACGUCUUGUCUCAAACUGAUGGUCUCUUCCGUGAAACUGCUCGCCAAGCCCUUGCAAACUCCAAGUACAGCUCUGUCGGCGUGGAGGAACAAAUUGUCGACUCCAUGGUGUACAAGCUCUUCCGUCAGCCAGGUUACUAUGAUGUUAUUGUCGCUCCCAAUCUCUACGGUGACAUUCUGUCCGACGGUGCUGCAGCCUUGGUUGGCAGCUUGGGUCUGGUCCCUAGUGCUAAUGUUGGUGAUGGCUUUGCCAUUGGUGAGCCAUGCCACGGUAGUGCACCCGACAUUGAAGGGCAGGGAAUUGCCAACCCUAUUGCCACUCUCCGCAGCGUGGCACUUAUGCUUGAGUUCCUGGGCGAGGAGCCUGCUGCCGCCAAGAUCUAUGCUGCCGUCGAUGCUAACCUUGACGAGGGCAAGUUGCUUUCCCCUGAUCUUGGUGGAAAGGCCACAACGCAAGAGGUUCUUGAAGACGUGCUGAAGAAAUUGUAA